ACCCUGGGGGAGUGGGACAACAUUCUGUACCUGUAAGGCUGGGUCUCUGGGUACUUUUUCUCCUACAGCACGAAGAGUAUUGUCGAGGAAUAGAAGCUCCAGAACCAGGUAUGAAUCUCCUUCCAGUAUUGCUCUGCAGCCUGCUGGGCUUGGUUUCUCCCCAAACACAAUACCCUGACAUUUGCAUAGCCAAACCCAAAGACAUCCCCCUGGAACCCUUGUGCAUUUAUCGCAAAGAAGUCGUAGAGACAGAGGAAAAGGAGAAAGAGAAGGAAGUAUCCCAUCCAGAAAAGAUUCCCGAUGCCACUAAUCCACGAGUCUUUGAACUUUCAAAAGCGAACUGUAGGUUUGCCAUGGACUUGUAUAAAACCGUGGCCGACUCCAAGAGCAACAUGGAGAACCUCUUUAUGUCACCCCUCAGCAUCUCCCAGGCCUUCACCAUGGCCAAGCUUGGUGCUUGUGAUAACACAUUAAAGCAGCUUAUGGAGGUUUUCCACUUUGACAAAGUUUCUACAAAGGCUUCUGACCAAAUCCACUUCUUCUUUGCUAAACUGAAUUGUCGACUUUACCGGAAAGCCAACAAAUCAUCGGAGCUGGUAUCAACCAAUCGCCUAUUUGGGGAAAAGUCUUUGACCUUCAAUCAGACUUAUCAAGAUAUUAGUGAGGUGGUUUAUGGAGCCAAACUGUGGCCUCUGAACUUCAAGGAGAAGGCCGAUGAAUCUAGAGAAAUUAUCAAUAACUGGGUAUCCAAUAAAACUGAGAAGAGAAUCACUAAUGUUAUCCCAGAAGGAGCCAUCACCGAGGAUACUGUCUUGGUUCUGGUGAACGCCAUCUACUUCAAGGGACUGUGGAAGUCUAAGUUUGAGUCGAUAAACACAAUCCUGGGAGAAUUCCAUGUACCAGGUAGAACCGAGUCGUAUGAAGUCCCAAUGAUGUAUCAGGAGGGUAUGUUCCGUUAUGGUGCCUUCAAAGAUGAUGCCGUCCAGGUUCUUGAAUUGCCCUACAAAGGUGAUGACAUUUCCAUGGUAUUGGUGCUGCCAUCUGAGAACACCCCGCUGGAAAAGGUGGAGCAGGCACUGACUCUAGAGAAGUUCUCUGAGUGGCUACAUAAAGUGCAAAGUGUUCAACUAUCCGUUCACCUUCCGAGAUUCAAGAUUGAGGAUUCUUUCAGUGUUAAAGAGAAGUUACAGAAACUGGGGCUCGUAGACCUGUUUGAUCCAAAUGCUGCCCGGCUUCCAGGAAUUGUUGCAAACGGGAGAACAGACCUGUAUGUAUCAGAUGCAUUUCACAAAGCCUUUUUGGAGGUCAACGAGGAAGGUAGCGAGGCUUCAGCAGCUACUUCUAUUCUUAUGGCGGGACGCUCAUUUAAUCCAGUACGGGUCUCAUUUAGAGCCAACAGGCCUUUCCUGGUCUUCAUCCGAGAAGUUGCAAUCAAUGCUAUUAUCUUCAUGGGCCGAGUAGCCGACCCCGGCUCUAAAUAACCCUACAUACAGAUCAUGAUUAAAGGCAUUCAAAAGUCUGUCUUUAUGGCUUAUUAAAGGCACACAAUUGUUUUUUGUCUCCCUUUCUAUAUUUUCCUAAUGAAACACUAAGAGAUUAAUGUACAAUAAAAAUCCUGUUACAGGGUUUACAAAACUUCA